AUGGCUUCAAAAGAACAACAAUCAGCACUCUUUACCGAGUUAAAAAAAGCCAUUGAGAAUGAUGAUGAUGACCUCUGCUUAGAACUCUGCGAUAAACUCAUCCAAUUAGACCCUCAAGAUCAACUUGCACUUCAAUCUAAAGUGGUUACUUUGAUUCGUCUCGAACAAUACAAAGAAGCACUGACGCUUAUUGCACGCCAGUUCAGAAACAGUGAGAUUGAUCUAUCGUUUGAAAAGAUAUAUUGUUAUUAUCGUACAAACCAACUUGUGCCAGCCAUGGAACUCUUGCAACAGUCAAAGGCAAAAAACAAUGACCCUUCUUUGUCCUAUCUCGAAGCUCAGCUGCUUUAUUCUCAAGGUCAAUUUGAAAAGGCCAUUGAAGUGUAUGAGACGCUUCUCAAGUCACUAGACAAGAGUCAUCAUCUGUAUGAUGAAAUCCAGGUCAAUCUGUUGGCUGCCAAGGCUGGUUUGUUGUACUCUAACCCAUCUGCCAACGACAAUGUAGAGUUAAAAGAAAGUGCUGAUCUAUACGAAGUUGCUUAUAACGCUGCUGCUGUCUAUUUGGCUCGUGGCAAUAUCAAGAAGGCUCAAGAGCAACUUGAAUUAGCUCAUAAACAAUGUAGUGACCGAUCUCAAGGAAUGAGUAAAGAAGAGCACGAAGAAGAAUUAGCCGUGAUUGCCACUCAAUUAGGUUACACCUAUCAAUUACAAGGUCGUUCUACAGAUGCCAUGAAUAUUUACAGACAACUCUUGAACUCAAAGGAUGUUACUGUAGCCGCUGUUGUAUCCAACAAUAUGGUUGCUAUUGAACAAACAAAAGAUCUCGAAGAUGCUGCAAAGAAACUCAAGACAGCCAGCAGUAAAGAAGCAGAUGCCAAACUUAAAAACUAUCAAAAGAGAGUGAUUGCCAUGAACGAAAGUCUACUUCAGCUCUACAAUCGCAAGUAUUCUGCCUGUAAAGACCAAGCUCAAAAGUUGAUUGACAAGUAUCCCGAUCAUGAUCUCUUGUACCUUAUCUUGGCCAGUGCUACCUUCCAUCAGCACAAGGCCGCCAAGGCUGUGGAAGAACUCAAGAAAUUCGCUGAAAAGAAGCCUGGUUCACUUGCCAUUCGUUUUGCUACCAUUCAGUUACAACUCCUUGAAUCUCAACCUGCUCAAGCGCUUGAGACAUUAGAAGCUUAUAUCUCUGCUAACAAGCAAGACAAGACGACCUAUAAGCCUGCCGUGGUAGCCUUGUUAGUUUGGUUGUAUGAACAAACGGGUCAAUCCGACAAAGCAAUGGAAGUAUUGGACGAAGCCUCUUCUGUCUGGAAAAACGACAAGGAUUUUGCGUCUACCAGUGCUCCCACGUCCACGAUUAAACAAACGGCUGCUUUCAAACUCAAGACAGGCAAAUACCAAGAAGCAGUCGAUGACUAUGAGCAACUUGUCAAGGCAGAUCCCUCAGAUGCUCAAGCCAUUGCUGGUCUCAUUGCAGCUUAUGCUGAAGUGGAUCCUAAAAAAGCAGAGCAAUAUGGCAAUGCUUUACCUGCUGUCGCUUUGGAUCAUUUGGAUAUCGACACGUUGGAAAAGAUGGUGCCUGGUGUCAAGCGUGGUUAUGUCAAGAAGGAUCCCAACGGUGUUCAUGUCAAGAAACCCAAGACAAAAAAGAAGCGACCUGCUCUUUUACCCAAAAACAUGGACCCUAAUGCACAACCUGAUCCUGAGCGUUGGAUUCCCAGGUAUGAACGAUCUACUUACCGUAUGAAGGGCAAGAACAAGAAGGCAUUAAACAAGGGCCCUCAAGGUGUGAUGGUUGAAGGGGGUGGCAUUGGUGGUACAGGUAGUGCCAAUAUUGGCGGUAAAAAGCUUCUGAUUGAAGAAACUACACCAGAGCCUGCUAAACCUGUCUCUACCAGUACUCCAAAGAAAAAGAAGGGAAAAGGCAAAGGAAAGAAAUAA